CUUGGAACGCAAAAAAGUGGAAAACCCAACAAAAAAAAAAGAGAGGAAAAAAGUUGUUCACAGGUUCCUGAGCCUGUGAGAGACUGCUCUCUCUAUGAUGCCGCUUACCCACAAACUCUAACAACAAGACAAACAGAGCCCACCUAACAGCACCACCACCACCACCUCUCUUUUUAAUCACUAAUUUCUUCCCCUUCUUCUUCUUCUUCUUCUUCUUCUUCUUCUUCUUCUUCCUCUGCGUUCAAAUCUGGGAAUGGAACAAAGAGAUUCAUUAAACUAAAGUUCUUUAAAGUUUAUGCUUUUCUCUCUUUCAACUCAAUUCAUUCCCUUUCACUUUCUGUUCUAAAACCCUUAAAUCGCCUCUAUUUGUUUGUUUUUCCAUUCAUUCCUUCUUCUUCUCCAGUUUCCUUGUUUAAGAAUCAUGCCUGUUGCUCCACAGACUUCUACAAUUGGUGAACACAUCAAUUUGAGAAGACCCAGAAGCCAUUUCAGCCAACCCAUUUCAGAAUCAGAUCCAAACCCAUCAAUCCCUUCGAUUAUUCAAUCCACUCGCUGCAAAUCCACCAUUUCUUCUCUUCUUCUCUCUACCUUUUCCAAUAAUUCAACCACCGCCGCCAAUGAAUGCUUACCCUCUUCCAUUGCCACGAUCAGGAAGAAGAAUAACUUUUCUUCUGCAACUUUCAGGGGACUCGGUUGCACCAACGCUGCUUCUCAGCAGGUAUCGGUUCCGGCUGUAAUUCGAACUUCAGCGGAUUGGGAAAAGAAGAAAACGAGGAAAAAAAAGCAGAAGAACUCCAAGAACAAAACCCAUCAAGGAAUUGUUGAUGCCUCUCAUUUUCAUCCUAAUUCGAGUAUCAAUUCUGCUAGCUGCUUAGACGCUCAAGAUGUUUGGUGUGGCCCUGGAAUUGAAUUCGCCGCAGAUGCGGCUGCUUCUGUGGAUUGCGUUGUUGCUAGACGGCAUGCUUCUGGAAGGGGAAAAAUCGAUUUGGAGAAGAUUAAUCAGAGGGAGCGUUCUUCUUUAGGAGGAAGACGAACUGUGAAUCCCGAGACCCUUUUAUAUUUGGAUUCUGAUUCUGAUCUUCCAACUGCUCGAACAUUUGAACUGUCUCGGAGUCGAUAUUAUCGCCAUGUUCGACAUCCAUCCCCUGAUGGCCUUGCCGAGAUUAUGAUGUUUCAGAGCGGGUUGCUGAUGGGUGGAAGAUUCGACAUACACGACCAGUUUAGGGAAUUGCGGCUUGAUGUCGAUAAUAUGUCGUACGAGGAGCUGCUUGAGCUCGGUGAAAGGAUUGGGCAUGUCAGUACUGGGCUGAAAGAAGACGAGAUGGGAAGGUGCAUUAGAACAAUGAAGCCCCUUGCUGUAAAUGAGCUAACAACAACUCACUUGCUAUCUCAAAUGGAUCGGAAGUGCAGCAUCUGUCAGCAGGAGGAGUAUGAUCCAGAUGAUAAAAUGGGUAAGCUGGAAUGUGGGCAUGGGUAUCACGUAGAGUGUAUAAAGCAGUGGCUUGCGCAGAAGAAUGCGUGCCCGGUGUGUAAGACAGCGGCGGUGGGCCGUGGUUGAAUGGUUAGUUCAUCAAUGUGUAGCACUUGUUCGACUCAACCUGCUUGCUUUUCUCCUCCCUAUGUGGUGUAUAGAUUUCAUUUGCCUUGUUAUAUGAGCUAAAGCAUUCGUUCAUUUGUGUGAAGCUGCUUCCUUUUCUGCUUAUAAUUGAUAUGAUGGGCGCCAUUUUGUUGUUCCUCAGUUGUCUAGAGAUUUUAUGUAAUGAUUUUGGAUUGACUUGAUUGCAUAUCUUUAAGACCUCAAGGUUCAAUGCCUGCCUUUCUUGUGUUCUUCUGGGUAC